AUGAAGACCACAAAAGUGGAACACAGAGUAUUAUGUGAUAGGAAAUUACUAAAAUUCGAAAACAUAUGUAGAGGAAACAACCAUUCCAUCAUCCACUCCUGCCUAUGGAAUAAUGAUGUAGUAGCAGCACUUGAUCAUGUGAGAAAAGGAACUUCUCCUUUCGUGAGAGAUGAAUGCAAUAGGACAGCUGUCGAUCUAGCCAUUACAUUAUUUAUGAAGAAAUUCCAUGAAUCUUUAUUUACGUCUCUCAUAACUGAUUAUAUGUACACAAAUAGGUUUGUCUCAAAAAGGUCAUGUUUAUCAUAUAACGAGAAAAACAGGAUUGCCAUUCAGGGCGUGUCAAAAAUUUCACAUUCAGAAUAUCCACCAAUUCGGAUAAACCAAGUGAACGAAACCAAUCGAACGGAUGUGGCAAACCGUGUGACUGAAACGGAUCAAUUGGAUAUAUUAACACCAUUCCUGAUUACAAAGGGAAUAAGAAAAAAAAAAAACACAUAUUUUUCCUCAUUGGAAACGUCUCCUUGCCAUGAACUGGAUUGUACUUUGGGAAAAUGGACUCAAGAUGCAAUAUCUCAAUCGGAAAAAGUUGUAACCAUAUGUGUAACUAAGCCUGUCCAAGCACAACUUGAUGAAAUUUUGAAAAUACUAAAAGCUUUGCUAUUUUUUAUAAAAACAUUAAGCAAGAAUAUUAGAUUGAGAAAAUAUUCCGAGAGUACUGUGAAAGAACAAAUUUCCAAAUUGUCCUUUCCUUAUCUGUACAACACAACUAUGCAUACACUUUUUAAAAUUUUUUCUUAUGAUCAUGGUCAGAUAAAAAAAUGGAAUAUAAAAAAUCCAGCUGAUUCAAGAAUAUUAGUUAGAAAAAUACUUUCAAAAAAUUUAGUAGGUAAUGAAAUUAUAAAAUUUAUGGGGAAAUGUUUAUUCUGUUUUUCUAAACUGGUACAUAUAUUUGGAGAAAAAGUGUAUCAACUGGAAUCCAUAACUUCUCAGUAUUUACUACACAUGUCUUUCACGUUUGAUAAUGAAUAUUUGUUUAACGUCAUAGUUAAUAAGGAUAAUAUUUUUCAGCAAACGGAAAUAUUUCAUUGGGACAAACUAAUCGAUUCGAUCUCACCUUAUAAGCAUUCAUUUCGUUUUUACUAUCAACCGUUAAUACAUGCUAGACUGAAAAAGUUCUUUAUUGAACGGAUGGAGAGUGUCCUACGAGAGAACGUUACAUAA